CUCAUCCGUCUUUGACUGACGCGUGUUGGUUCGUGACUUGGGGCGUGAUUUUCUGAAUGGUCUACAGUGAACUGGGGUCUUUUCAACCGACCUCUUAAUGCACAAUUUAUUCAACCCACAUCCAUUCUCAACCCCAGUCGGUAUACUUACAGAACGUGCCACGGAUAGUGGACAAUCUACGGAGGAUUGGUCUCUCAUCUUAGAGAUUUGUGACACCAUAAACGAAACUGAUGAAGGUCCCAAGGAAGCCAUCCGGGCGAUUCGAAAACGUCUUUCUUCCUCCGCUGGACGGGACCACACUUCCGUGUGGUACACACUGCUAUUGUUGGAUGCAUGCAUACAAAAUUGUGGUCGACGAUUUCACAGUCAAGUCGCAAACAAGGAGUUCUUGCACGAUUUCUUAAAGUUGCUCUCACCUAAAAAUGAGCCAUCACAACAGUUGCAGAACCAAGUUCUGUAUAUGUUGAAGAGCUGGGUCGAGCUUAAUUGGGAUGUUCCUGGCAAACGAGACAUGGAAAAGAUCUACACUACUUUGCGCCAGAAGGGUAUCCAGUUCCCUCAGUCACCUGCCAAUGAAAUCUUUCUGAAUUCAGUCCUUUCUUCUCAGGGUGUUUCAUCGUCAAAUCUACCUAAUCAGUUCUACGCCGUUCCAAUCGCAUCGCAGGCUGCAGUCAACCGAACUGGAAUGGGUGAAGUGUUCAUAAACACGCACCCUGGCACGGUCCGCAUUAUUCAACAAACAGAUCAUCGUUUUGUCCCGACAAUGGAUGCAAUGGAGUUGGACGCUGAUGGUACAGUCCGGCAUCUUACUUCGACACAGCGUGUAAAACUUACACAAGACUUGUCUGUAGUAGAAACUAAUGUGAAUGUGCUCAAUGAUAUGUUGGCAGAACUGCGGCCAGACUCAGUGAGCCAAGAUGACCUAGUUCUACUUCAAGAACUCGUCCAGACGUGUCGUUCGAUGCAUCGGCGCGUUAUUGAAUUCCUAAGCCAAGUCUCCGACGACGAAGUAACUCCAUCCCUACUCCAAGUCAGUGAUAAUUUGAACAGUGCGUUCCUACGGUAUGAUCGUUUUGAACGAUAUCGUCAACGCGCUAUACAACUACGCGCGGGCGGUAUGAGGUCUUCAUCUUUAGCCGCACUACCUGCAGCACAUACCAGACGUCAGCAACCCGCCGCUAUCACUGGAGGACAACUGCUCGCAAUUGCCGACAGUGACCCGUGUGCUUCCACCCCCAACGGACUUCAGCUAUCCAUUCCUGCGGUUAACGGACAAGUCAGACGUAACAACAUUAAUGACGAUGAUGAUGAUCUCCUAAUUGAUGUCAGCGAAGGACUAGGCGGAGCUGAGACAACACAACCGGUCAUCGAUUGUGACGAGGUGGCCCAAUGGCUUGCCGUCCGACAGUUGGUUCCAGUUUCUGGUGAAAGCGGUGAAUCUAGUCGAUCAGGCCCAGCGAUGCUUGCUCUACAACAGGGCAUCCAUGCCAUGUCCUUGUCACCAACUACGCGGACGAUACAGGCCAGUGUUUUCCUCGCACUCUUCCUUGAAUAUUCCCUCAAUCCAAUCUUAGUUGUUGAUCAUUUAUGGCUUAGGUUGUUUUAA